GUCAAAGUUACUCUAAGAUUGGGUAUUUCUCAUAAACGAGGUCUUUGAGAACGCGUACUCAGGGCAGCCGAAACUUUAGCGUUAAAGUCCCUAGAUUCAGUAUUUUAUUCCUAGCAAUUACUCCGGAAUGCAGAAGGCGAAUGGCGGCGGUCAGAGAGGGGGUGGGAAUAAUAAACUGAAGGCGUGUCGGCGUCUAUUUUGACACCGGAAAAUGAAGAGUUUCACGUAAGAAUGAGAUUUUUGUAUUUAGUUGACUGACGCAGGUGAAUAAGCGUUUCGUUAGAGUACGACGGAAACGUAGAUGUGGCGAAACUGCAUGUUCUAUCCGGCGUGGGAACUCCGCCAAGGGCUUUGACCGAUAGUGUGUCACCAUAGAAAGCCUCUGUGAUAUAAAUCGCAGCGUGCUACGUGACACAUGUGCUUGUCAUUCGUUUGCUUGCCAACGGUGGAAUGUUUGUAUGGGGUAGAGGAAAGGCGGUAGCCUAUACCAGGGAAUGGAGACUGAGAGCGUGAAGUCAGGGGCUAGCGAGCAUAGCCACAGCCACCACAGCCGAGGGUCACAGAAACACCAUAGAUCCCACGGCAACAAAUCACAUCACCGACAGCAUUCACACCGAACAUCUAGAAGCAAUAGGAGUCAAAGGAAAGAACGACAUAAUCUGGAUACUAACGAAAUGGCUCCUUUUCAAACGAUGGUGAACGUUCGAGGUGAUAGCGUCGAUAAUUUAGGCCAAGAAGUGAUCGAAGUGCAAAUAUUGCCGCAAGAUGAGAAUUGGGGUGAAAAUACCACAGCAGUUACGGGGAACACUUCGGAUCGGUCCGAGUCAACCGAGGAUGUUAGCCAUUGGCCAAUCGAAGGAGAGAAUUCGUUUGGUUUCACUUGUAAUCGUUAUGUAGGUUCAGUGGUGGCAGCUAUACUCGGAAUAAGCGCCUUUCUGAGUCCCAUAGCUAUGGUCAUAUUGCCAAAAUUGGGAUUCUUUCCUGAUUCAACGAGCGUAUUGACCUUGCAACAAAGGCUUCAAUUAUUGUCAUGCAAUGCCGAAUGUAAAGGCCAGUUACUUGGUCUAGCUUUUAAGCUAGUGCUGUUAGGCAUAGGAAGCUGGGCUGUUUUUUUACGACCACGAAAUGCCAUCAUGCCAAGGGUUUUUUUAUUCAGAGCAGGAGUUCUCGUACUUACGAUGCUCUGCAUAUGCACUUACUGGUUAUUCUACGUUGUACAGGUUACAGAGAGUGCUAAGACUGCAGCUAAUGGUGAAAUAACAGAGUACAAAAGUUUAGUAAAUUAUGCCGGAACCCUUGCUGAUACACUGUUGUUUAUACAUUACGUCGCAGUACUUCUCAUAGAAAUUCGUCAUUUGCAGCCAACAUAUUACCUAAAAGUGGUAAGAUCUCCAGAUGGCGAAUCAAGAUCUUAUGCAAUUGGUCAACUGUCGAUCCAAAGGGCAGCGGUGUGGGUACUGGAGAGGUACUACACCGAAUUUCCUAUUUAUAACCCAUACUUGGAACGGCUUCCAGUUUCAAAGUCAGGCAGGAAACCAUCUAGCUUUAAGUUUUAUGAAGUUGAUGGAGGAGUGACCACUGGAAUGCAGCAACGAGGAGUCGGUGGUGACAGAGCCGUUCUUGCCGCACAAGCACGUCGCAGAGAUUCUAGCCACAAUGAGCGUUUCUACGAGGAACAUGACUAUGAGCGAAGGGUUAGAAAAAGGAAAGCUCGCUUAAUCACCGCUGCCGAGGAAGCAUUUGCGCACAUUAAAAGAUUGCACUCAGAAGGUGAGUCAGCUCCCAGUCCGGGGCCAAUGGAUCCUAUGGAAGCAGCGCAAGCAGUGUUCCCAUCGAUGGCACGAGCACUGCAGAAGUACCUGAGGGUAACUCGACAACAGCCACGACAUUCGGUGGAGUCGAUUUUAGGCCGAUUGGCACGUUGUUUGGCACAAGAUGCUGCCCCCAGAGCAUUUUUAGAACCUUUUUUUACAACAAGUCCCAUUUUGUCUAAUGAAAAAGAACGACAGAGACGAUCACAUCACUGGGCACUUGUGUGCGAAGGUGAGCUGCCUUCUCGUCCCCUCGCAUCUGGGUGUGAAUUUCAACUGAGGCAGGGCGAAGUAGCUCUUCUAUGUACAGUUCAUCGAUUACCUCAUUUUAACCUCACCGAACAGCUUGCUCAUCCCAAAUCAAACAAGUUUCUUUUGAGACUUAACUCGGAAACGUCUGUAUAGCAUCAACCAGAACAUCACUUCAUUUUGAUACAUAGGUUUUUUAUUUCAUCAAUGCAAUACUCAUUUAGUGAUAUUAACGUGUUAUGCCGGAUGUCCAUCAAGUAUCCAAUUUUUCAAGCAGACUGUCAAUUGCAGGUUCAAAGAAUCUUAUUUUUGAAUGUAUUUGCUGCAGCGUAAAACAAUGUUAAGUAUCAAUGUUAGCUUGUAUGUUAUUAAUUUAUCUACUAAUUAUGCACUGGUGAAUAAGUAUUUAUUUACUUCAUGAUGAUCAAAUGGAUAGUUAUACUCAUAAUUCUUUGAAUUUUAUACUUGAGUGAUAAGGCUCUGUCUUGUAAUGGUGCAUAUCGAUAAUUUUAUGCAAAAAUGUUUAAAUUAAGUACGGGGAUAUCGCUAAGAAUUCUUCAAAAGAUAAUUGUUGAGGUGAUAUUGAAUUAUACACGCGAAUAGAUUUCACUGCCGUUAUUGGUCUUCAGUUUGAGAGCAUAACGGAAUUGCGUGUAAUUCAAAAUUACCGCAUUGUACUUUAUGAACAAGGAUUGACAUUAAAGUACACAAAUUGUUUAAAUACUUAUGUCGAAUGUGAGAAAGAUAAAAGCACAACAGAGUAUUAUAGAUAUUUUAAUAUCGCUACUAUUGUAUAUGAAUGUAUUUAAAAAAUCAAAGCUGUACGCAUUACAGUUUUUUUUAUUAUCAAAGAGGUAGGCUAAGCUAGCGGGAAGUGCCGUUGCCGUUUGUGUACUUACACCAGUAUCUGGUGAUACCAGAAAUGUCCAUGCUAAUUUUCUUCUAUAGAGCAUGCUUGUUAAAAUGCUAAAAAUGUACCGAGAUCGAGAUACUCUGAGUUAAAUUUUUUGUUUUAUUCAAGUAAUUUCAUCGACUCAAUUGUGUAUACAAAUUUUGCAUUGACAUCACAUUCUUUAACAUUGACUGAUCUCAUACCUUGACUUAUUUUGGGUCAUUCCAAUAGUUUAUUUAAAAAUAUUUUUAACAUUCCGAUACCCUUUUUCCAAGCAAAUUAUAUGCAGUGAUUUGUAGUUGAGCUCUUGUUGAUAUCGAACAUUGAAACUAAAUUAUCUUUGCUUCAUUUUGUACGGACAUAUUUACAUUUCUAUGUUUACAAACUGUGUCUAUUAUAAGUGAUUAACAUAAUAGCUAUGGAGUAAGGAUUAAAAAUACGGUCGAUGUUGCAAGUGAAGAAAUUUGGUACAUUAUUUUACUUGUUCACUUUCUAGUGGAAAAUUAUGGCAAAUCAAUAUUGUGAACUUAACCACUGCAUACUGUCAAGUACUGAACUGUGCUCACGUAAGACUAACCUGUUAUUGUUAAUGCAAAUAACGUUUACAACUAGGAACAAAAUAGGGAUAAACUUUUGAUUUCCUUGAGGAACUUGGAUUAAUAGUCACAGGAUUUUUAUGUUAAGCAGGUGAAAUAUGAAGUUAUGUAAUUCCAUAAUUACAUAUCAAAUAUAAGUAGAUAUUGCAGACCAUUUUCUGCAUUAUUCAACUGUGGUGACUGGCAUAAAUUGUAUGUACUCAAAAGCAUUUUUAUACACCAGCGAGUGGCAAGAAUCGAAUGUAUUUAAAGAACGUUUUUAUACUUUUGGUGAAUGCGAAAUGCCACCAAUUGAUAUAGCUUUUUUAAGUAGUUUUUUUAAUUUAUAUGUGUGAGUAUUACACUUGUGUACUUAUUGAGAUUCACAAAUAAAAGUAAUUUGAUGUAA